AUGUCAGGGCGGAGUAGAGGCCGAGCAAAUCCUAACCAAGAUGCCGACGAGGAGCGACGGUUGUGGAAGGAGAUCAAAGAUAAGGCCAAGGAUGUUGAUACUAUGGUGGCUCGAUCAAACGAGAUCGGGAAGGAGAUUCUGCAAGUAGAAUCGCAACAAGCAGCGCUUAUCGACGCUGGAAAGCUGAGUGACGCUGCCCUUGACGAAAGGCUGGAGAAGCUCUAUAGGGAGAACGUCAAGCUCUGCGAGGAGGUCAGCCACACCAUUGAAGGAAAAUCAAACGAAAUGAAUCUACUCGACAGCAUGAAGAUCUUGGCUGGUCUCCGUGAGGCUUCCGAAGAGUCCGCUGCUCAAAUGGCUGCAAUCAAUGGCCCUCGAGCUGUAAGUGGAAAGGCAUCUCGUGGCCCGAAGAAGACUGGCAGCAAAAGCGGAUCUGCAGUUGCCGCCUCCACAGAAGAUGGUGACGACGCGUCUGCUGCCCCAUCACCAAGGAUCAGCCUCAGCACAGUCAAUCGAUUAUCUGCAAAGGAGAAAACAUCCCGAUCCGGCAGCAUUCCCACUACCCGCGAGGCAUCGGUGAAGAUUGAGGACGGCGCUGAGUCUGUCGCAAGCAGCGCUGAUGGUCUGUCAACGGCAACAGGACCAACCAAGGCUUCCGCAAACAGUCGCCCAUCUAACAGAUUGGUGCUGAAAAUGGGAGAGAUUGUGUUCUGCCGCCACGACCUGAAGAACUACGAUCCAAAGAAAGGAGAUCCACCCGAAGGCGAAGGCAUACUAUGCCGAGUGACUAAUGUCAUUGGUGAGGGCAAGCAGCGCCGAUACGAAGUACAAGACGCAGACACCUCUGGUGACCCACCUCCACCUCAACGAGCAUCCGUCUCCCAGCUGAUGCAGAUUCCCGAGAGCAACAAAGGCUUGAGUGAUCUUCCACAGAGAAAGUCAGUCCUCGCUCAAUAUCCGGACACCACCACAUUCUACAAGGCUGAGGUGAACGAGCCGUGGCGGGCGAAGGAUCUGGACAAGGAAAAGGGCGAGCUGGUGCGACUCAACUUCCAGGAUGACGAUACCGCGAGGGAAGUCGAGCGACGUUUCGUUCUUACGGAGAAGUAG